GACUAGUGCGGAGUGUCGUUGCUGCCGUGUGACUCGCGAAAAAAAUCGCGGAAUUUGCAGCUCGAUAAAGCGUACUGUCGAUAUCGCGCAGGUGGUGCUUGAUCGUCUCCCAACUGGUGUUGAAUCGUUUCCGGUUACCGGUGCGCGAUCAGGAGAGUUUGGUACCCACGUUACCCCACAUUCGCGAUCGUUACAUCAGUGGAAAUAAGAAAGACACGAACUGGAUGUGGCAAUCGCGUCCAGACCGGGCGGGGACGAACAGUUUUCGACGACACACGUCGCGCCGCGCCGCGACGGGAAGCGCGUCUCAAAUGCGGCCACGCCGGGGAAAUCGAUCGGCGAUCACGUCGCCGUCGACGCCGUUCUCGCGCUUCCGUCCCGUCGUCAAUGACGGCCGCCCGCACGUGAUCGUGCGAAUCGGACACAUGGACUUUUACCAAACCGGUUCUCGCGCCUCCGGCUUGCGAGAGGCCGCGCGCGAACGGCACGCUCGCUGUCGUGACUUUUGAGGGAGAUUCGUCCACGACACGUAAGAAACUAUCGUGGCAAAUUCGCUUUCUUUCUUCUUUUUUUUAAAUAUGGAUUGCCGACCUUUGGUCUACUGCUAAAGACAGUUCCUCAGAUCUUUAAGAUCUUAAGCCCGCAAAUGUCGCUGUUUGUUGGAUAUCUCGAAGAUUUGAUGUCGAAGGGCCCAGAAGAGUGCUAUCUACGAAUGCCAGCAUGCAGUUAGGACAGAGGAUGGGCAAUGACAGGCCAGUGCCCUGUUACAAUCGACGCCGCGCCGCGAGAAGAUCGCCUUCCGAUGACGACGUAGGAAAUAUUUCGUCAGAAGCAGAAAAUACAUCACCGCGAGCUUCACCGUACGCGAAUCGCGCCAAUCGACGUGUUUCCGUUCGAAAUGCAUCAGGGCGAAAAACUCGAGGUAACCUGCCGAGGGAAGCCGUGACGAUUUUAAAAGAGUGGCUUCGAGAGCAUAAAUUCAACGCCUAUCCGAGCGAAGCCGAGAAGGAAGCACUAUGCACGCAGACGGGCCUGUCACUCCUUCAAGUGUGUAACUGGUUCAUAAACGCUAGGCGACGCAUUCUACCUCGUAUGCUAGAAGAUGCCGGUGAAAAUCCUAAUCUAUAUACAAUAUCGCGUCGUACUCGUCGCAGCUCCGGCAGUCACAUUCGGCAUGGUCGCCGAACGCCUCUCGAACCCCUCAAGGAUGACACAUCUCCGCAUGGAUCGGCGAAAUAUAACAUAUCUCGCAUGUUGGGCGAAUCUGAAUAUCGAAGUGAGGACAGUCCGAACGAUUACGAGAGCAGUCUGAACGACUACCACAGCGAGGAGGAACAUCCUUCGAUACGGUGGCCAAACGUAAUCGUUCGUCCUUAUGCCGAGGCUCAAGUCGAGCAAUUAGACGGCGACGCUAUUACCCAUCCGUAUGAUCGGCGAAGGCACAGCUCUGCAGAACCUGCUGCGUACUGGAGCGCUCCCCGUGAACAUCUGUCGCAAAUUGAGCAGAUAAUCGCGUAUCGCGGUCUAUCCCAGCAGAGCUUAAAAAAUGCUUACGCUCAUCAGUGCAACGGUGAUACAUUUAAGAUGUUAGUCGAACUUGCUGUGGAUAUGCCGUAUGCGACCUCGUCAUCUUCGUCACGUCCGUCUUCUAUUACGUCGGUAUCUUCAAGCCUGGGAGAUCUUUAAAUUAAGAAGAUCUUUAUCGGUAUUUAUUGUUAUCGUUGAUAAUCGGAAUGCAACGAUGAUGAUAUAUCAGACUAAUAAAAAAAAAAACAAAGAUUUCUCUCAAAAAACUAGAAAUUACUACACUUUUUAGAAGCAUUCAUGUAAAUCGCUAAAUAAUCGCCAUUAUCAUUGUCAUCUUAUUUUGCUGUUAAAACUAACAAAUUAUUAUACUUUUUAGAAACUGUCACAUUCGUACAAAUUGCUAAACAAUUAUCGUUAUCAUAUACAUAUAUCACUGCUGCUAUUAACAUCACAGAAUAACACCGAUUAUAGAACGAUUAAGAAUUUAUCUGAGUAAAUAUAAUAAUUUCUAAUUUUUUUAAGAGAAAAUGUUUGUCUUACUAUUGUCUUCUUUUUUUUAGCAAAAAGAAAUAAAAAAAAUACUUUAAGACUCCUCCUUACUCCUGGGUACUCGCCGCGGUCAUGUUAUAGCGAAUCCGCUAUUAGUUCGUCAGAGGUGAGAAAUGACACGCUGAGAAUUCUUGCAUGCCAUUUCCAAAUAAAAGAGAUAUUAGAUGAAAAAAACAGAUUGCUUUAACACACUUAUAAAAUGUUCCGGAAACUAUCUUUUUUUUUGUUGACAGUUAAUAAACAGCCCUAAAAUAAAUGUAAUAUGAAGCCGAGUCAUGCGCCCGCGCAUAAGUCUGCAUGACUUGGCUGUAUCACAUUUUACAGCUGUUUAUUAACUGUCAAGGGAAAAGAAUAGUUUUCGGAACAUUUUAUAAGUAUGUUAAAGCGAUCUGAAGUGUUUUUUUUUUUUUAUCCAAUUAUCUUUUUAUUUGAAAAUGACAUGCAAGAAUUCUCAGUGUGUCAUUUUUUGUCUCUGACGGCACGAUGUAACAUGACCGCAAACUCAGUACGCACCUAUUCUGUAAUUCUUAACGACAGUGUCGUUAAUGUGAUCGUUGCGUAGGUGUACUAUAUGGAAAAAAGCUGUCGUUAGAAUUACUGAAUAGGACUACAGGGCCACGAUUCUGUAACUCAUUAUGUUGUCGUUAUGAGCACAUAACGACGCAUAACGAAUUACAGAAUCGCAUUGCAGGAGUCUUAAGCCCGUAUCAGACUACCGAUUGCAAAGGUCGACUCGACUGCCUACUACGAGUCGUACUUCGUAUAGCGCAGUCGUCACACAAAUAGAUAGAGGGUCGUUGUGUGCGUAAGUGGAGAGGGAAAAACGCGGCUUAAAUCUACCAUUUCUGGGUACGACUACCGACUCUUAUUGUUAGUAAAUCAAACACAAUGAAGUGCCGACUGAUUGAAUAGGCAGCCUUUACAGUCGGUAGUCUGAUACAGGUUGGGGAUUCUUCAGCCGUCUGUAUUAUAAAAUUAUCAUUUUCGUACCUCUAGUCUUUUAUUGCAUUAAUUUAACAGAAUUGAGAAUAUUUCUUUAAGAUUAGCAAUACAUUUAUCAAUGAUCCCCGGAAACUCCGAUUUCAUAUGGAAAACGUAUAAACUGUGCAGCUUUUACAUGAAGUACAUGUUAUGAUGAGUUGACAGCGCGUCUACAAGAUAGAUACCAUACUGAGAUAAAAGUACAAGUAAGAAAAUCUAUAAUUCCGCAACUAUUUCUCGUUUUCCAUAUGAAAUCGGAGUUUUCUGGGAUUAUUAAUGUAUGUAAUCGUAGAGAAGCAUUUUCAAUUCUGUCAAACUAAUGCGACGAAAGACUAGAAGUACGAAAAUGAUAAUUUUAUCGAUAAUACAGACGGCUGAGGAGUGCCCAUCUCGUUACUCGAGUAUCGUCGCUUAAUUUCCACACGGAGAAGAAUUUUUGUAAGAGAAGAAUUUCGACUUUUGAAAUUCUCGUAAAGUAUAAUGUUCGCAGCAAUUUUCUGUAACGAAACAGUAACGAGCAAGAAUGCUUAUAAAUGUCGAUGAGGCGCGAUUGUACCAUUAUUUUACAUAAUUUUGGUAUUCGCAUGACAUUUUACAGUUUUAGUUCAGAUUAUCUUGUCCUAUUUUGUUCACGUCGUUCUUGAAUUCAUUAUGUUUCAGAAAUGUUUAAAUGUAAGCAUUGAGAAUGUUUUUCUAUUGCCCUCGCGAAUCGCAUUUAUUUUUAAUAAACGCGUUCGAAAGACAUGUAUCAGGAUAAUGCAUUUUCGUACAAAUUACGCUCUCGAGAUCACUGAAACUUCUCGUCUCAUUAUUUUAAGCACAUCAAGAAAAGAAAAGCAAUUAAAUUGAAAUUACAGGAAAUAACUUUACAUAGUGUAAAUAAUGAAAUAGAAAUAAUGUAGAUGUUUGCAAACGAUACGCAUUCUCUUCGAAAUGGAAGAAAAGCGUACGAACCAAAGACUAUUGUUAUUAUUUUUUUAGUACUAAUUACUAAUAAUUAAAUUGUGUUACUCGAUAGACAAUUCUUAAACAGUAUAACGUAGCAAUUUUUGUUUGUAAAUGUUGUGAGAGGGAGAGAGAGAGAGAGAGAGAGAGGGAGAGAGAAAGACGAUUAUGCGAUGAAUCCGCUUAAAGAAACAACGUAUAUUAUACGUGAGUCGUUACAAAUGUGUAAUGUGCGUACACGUGUGUAUUUGUGCGCAAAUUACUAUGUCAAUUGCGAUAUUCCGCUGCAUUACGAGAGUCACAUUAUGAUCGUGAAGUGAUCACAGUGUGGCGGAUAACGAGCACGUGUUCAUGGACAAAGUUGUUAAAUGUACAACUGAAGUUUAUUUUAAUACGACAUAAUCUUGUUAUCAUAGUGAGGAAUAAAAUAUUUCAUAUCUGUCUCGAUCCUCCUACACAUUAAUCAAUUUCGUCGCGUCGAUUUUAAUUCGGAAUAAAUCACGAAUUAAAAUUCUGCCGAGCUCUACUUGACAUUAAACUGAUAAUUGUAUUGUUGGCCUUUUACAUAUUCUCGAUGAUUAGUCUCCGAAAAACCCUUGAAAUCGAUCUUGGAAUGAAUAACACAAUGCAAUAUUUAUUCAUACGUCUUCCUGAAGAUUAAGUCCAAAAUCGAUUUUGAUUUUACAAUCUUGAUAUCCGUAACAAAUUCCCCAAUUAGGGGUUGGAGAUUUCCUCUUAGCGAAAAUAUUGUAUCACGAUUUCCAAGAAUCGAUUCACAUCUUGAUGCAUGUAACCCUAACAAAAUCGAAGAUUUUCUCUUAGUCAUAAUAUCACGAACGCGCCACGAACGGUUCGGUUAUAUUUGUCAUUUUAAUUCCAAGUAGAGACUUCAAAGUACCACUGCCAUUUGUAUCACGAGUAAAGUGUCUUAAACUUUUCAGCUUUUUAAAACGCUGUUGUUGACUAUCUUAUAUCGGGAUGUCAGAUAAUAAUACCCGCAGAGGGUAGGUAGAGCGGAUUAAACUGAAAAGUCCUGUACCGUUUUGCUAUUAUAACAAUAAAUUAAUGUUAUUAAUUAAUAAAAUCAUGCUUAAGAAGAUUCUGCGAGGCAAAAUUCGUAUUCACAAGUAAAAUAUUGUACCAUUUGGCGAUUAUUGAAAUGGUAUGUCUCGUUUCGAGUUUGGCGCCUUCCACGAAUAUCUUAAUGCUGUACAUCUUAUUUUGGAUUGUCUUUAAAAAAGUUGGUAAUGCAUUUGUAACUGCAUCAAUAGAACUCGAGGUCUUUGUAUUUCGGGACAAGAAACGUUUCAAUGGUCCAUGUCUUUGCUCUUGAUGUGAUAAGAUUUCGCAUGGAGUUUUGAAAAUACUUAGAUGAAGUAGCUUCCAUCUUGAGCAAAAACCUGUAGAAAGAGAUAAGGUGAUAGAGUAGGAUAUGACUAUACAGCCGAAGUUUAUGUCCUUGAAAAGGUUCUGCGAGGAAAGAUACGUAUUCAUAAGUAAAAAAAAAACUCAUUGUCAUAAUUGCGAAAAGGCACUUUCCUAUUCAGUUUAAUCCACUCUACUUAGCCUCUGUUAGAAUUAUUAUCACACACCUUGUAUAUUGAAUAUACGUUUGCAGGAUUUAUUUGUAGGAGAGAUCUGACGAGCGCAUUCUACUCUGACUGCGUUCCAAAAUUUACUGCCAGUGCUCAAAAUCUAUAGCGUAUGUAAGUUAUGUGUAACAUUCAUUGCCAUACGCUGGCAAUGAAUUUUGAAACACAUUCUCUAUUAUACAAAACUUAUUUGUACAAAACUAAAAACGUGCCUUUUACUCGAGACGUCCUAAAUCAAGAGGGACGUCUUUUAGUUUAUAGUUGAGCGGAAUGUUUGCUGUAAGCGACGAUAAAGCAAAUUGAGUUAUAAAUAUGUGUUUUUUUUUUUUCACGUAUCUUCGAUAGUUGGAUGGGAAAAACGUGCACUCGCGAUAUCAUACUUUUUUGGGGGGGGGGGGGGGGGGGAGACAAUUUCAUGUUCUUGCGAUAAUCUUCCGGGAUUUUGGCAGAUCGGAAUUGCGCGCCGAAGUCUUCGCACACUUGAAGGAUACUUGUAUUUGUCCUAGACAUGGCAUUCACAUGUGAGUGCAGAAAAUGCGCGAUCGCGCUGUCGCGAAACUCUUCGGUCGACGUGAACUCGAGAAGUUCGCUUCACCGUUCCGCCCGCUUCCGACAAUCGAUUGGGAUUAAUGUGCUCGCAGGAAGGUAAAAAAUACCUUUUUCGCGUUUAAUUAUUAAUCUACGAUACGAGUCACGGAAGUUACAUGAGCGCUCGUGGAGAGUUGAGUUGUGAAUGCGCACGUUUUUUCACGUAUGUUCGAUGAUGUGUGAGUUGGAUGAGAAAAAUCGCGAUCGCGAUAUUUAAGGCUGAGACUAUUUUUUUAAUUAAUUGAAGAUUCAGAAAAAAAUACUCGACUCGCUCUCCUCGAGGAUCGGUAUCGUGUUUACAAGAGAUGAAGAAAUUUUUUUUCACAUUCCCGAUGAUUUUCUGGAGAUUUUGCGGAUCGGGGUCGCGCGCCGAACUCUUCGCACAAGGAAUACCUUGUAUUCCUCUUGCCAUUCUGCAUGACGAAAGGAUUCCUGAUUGAAAGGGAUCGCGCCGUAUAUCUUAUCGUGCAUCUCGGCAAGAUUUAGCAAUAUGGGACUGGGGCUGGACUUGCAGUUUUGAGGCCACACGAGAGAGAAAUCAGCAAAGUAUAUAUAAUCAUCGAUCUCAGUACAAAAAAAAUCGCUGUUAGUCCAGAAUCCUUUUGUCGUGCGGACAUAUUGCGAUACAUAUCUUUGCCACGAGCGUUUGAUUAGCGGCGUAUGUUACUCUAUUGUACAAAACUUAUUGAUCUAAAAACGUGCCUACGCGAACCUGUUGGGGUCACACGAACGCGAAACGGUGUUUUCUAAAGAUUUAGAAGUUAACUUGGAGAUUUCGCUCUCCGCGCCAAUAAGCAUAUCGCUAUACUUUUGGACAAUAACUAAACACGUACACGUCGAACUAUCAUAGCCGAUUUGUGAGAGAGUAGAUCGAUUUUAAGUUUGGUUUAUACGUACAUGCACACGUGCAUGCAUUACAUAUGAAGAAUGAAAUAUACAAGUGCCAUAAAA